AUCUUCAACUUACUUCUUCUUGCUUUGGACUCUUUUUGACAAGCACUGCUAUGUUGAUUACAGAAAAACCGGUGGGACCUACACUGCCACCACGGCCAUAUUCAAUCACUGACUUGCCUCCGUUAAUUGUGGGAGGUGCCACCUUCAACUAUCAGUAUACUGACAACCCCGAGGCUGCGCCUAUCUAUGAAAUACUUGACACAGCUUUCAACAGCGGUCUUAUUGCCGUCGACACAUCACCAUACUACGGGCCAUCCGAGAUUUUGGUGGGGAAAGCGUUGACGGAGCUUUCGACGAAGUGGCCACGUGAAACGUACUUUAUUUGCACUAAGGCUGGCAGAAUUGCACUCAAUGAAUUUGACUAUUCGGCAAGUGCCAUCCGGAAAUCGGUGAAAAGGUCGCUUGAGCGAUUGAACACCGAGUACUUGGAUUUGGUAUACCUCCACGACAUCGAGUUUGGUGAAAUUGACGAUAUCAUGGACGGACUCAAAGAGUUGAAGAGACUCAAAGCUGAAGGCAUUGUCAAGAACAUUGGUAUCACCGGCUACCCGGUGGAUUUUUUGUAUCGGGUGGCCUUGGCAGCCCAUAAUAACGAGGAAAUUGGCAGCCUAGACGCGAUUUUGUCCUACUGCCAUGGGUGUAUCCAAAACACCACUUUGUUUGAGUAUUAUUCCAAAUUUUUUGACGAGUGUCACGUUAAAAAAAUCAUGAACGGGUCGAUCUUGUCCAUGUCGUUGUUGCGAUCCGGCAAGACUCACACCUUCCAUCCCGGUUCCACCGAGUUGAAGGAAGCUGUGGCGGCGGUGGCUAAGGAUUUACUGGAGCAGGGGGUAGAAUUGGCAGAACUUUCCACUAGGUUUGCGUUGAAGUCGUGGCUUUUCGACACCAGCAAGGCUACACAAAGCGAUAAGACCAACUUAUCGUGGAACAAAAAGACGUCGGUGGUAUUAGGGCUCGGGAAUGUCGAUGAGUUGAUGUCGGCCAUCACCAACUUUUGGAAGGUCAAGUUGAAUGUCCUGAACAGCAGUGAAGACGACGCCAAGUAUGUUGCUCAGGUACAGCAGCAGUUGGGCCUGCAUUUUAACGAGUCAUGGGAGAGUGGAAUUGAACAUGACAUAUGAGAGUGGAAUUGAACAUGACAUAUGAUGAGGGAGAGCCAGACAUUAUAGAGUAUGGUUUGAGAAUGCGAGGGCAGAAAAGAGCAGAGGAAAAGGGACGAAAGACAAUAAUUGACGGAGCAUAUGGCACAAAUAUAUGAAUAUUAAGUAUGAUCGAGUAGGAAAAGAGUAGGAAAAGAGUAGGAUGACAAUGGGUAUAGAAAGCAGGCAUAAUUUGAAAUGGGCUCUACAAUGGGCUUUGCAAUGGGCUCUCCAACGGACUCCACAACGGCUUUCUAACGCAUGCUUCUAGCCUUAUGUUGAAA